AUGCCCAAGACUAAUGUCGCGGGACUUAGUGUCAAUGUCUCGGAAUCUAGUGAUAUCAGGGCCCUCAGAAGGAGACAACAGAAUAAAAAACGAAAACUUAACCGACAACCUAUCGAACGAAGAGUUCAAAAUGAGUGUCCCGCGACCAGAAUCGCGCCCGAGAUACUUAUUGAGAUAUGUAAACAUCUUUCACCAACCGACCUUUUAAGCCUCUUGCAAACCUGCAAACUCUAUCACACCUGGCUGUCCUCCAAACAAUCCGUCACCACGCAGAAAAUCUGGUACGAGUCCCGACAAGAAUACGCUCCUUUCCUUACCUUACCAUCACCUCGUGGGCUGGACGAAGUCGCGUACGCGAGUCUGGUUUUUGGGAGUGGAUGCCAAACAUGUGGUGAAAAGGUUGCGAAAGUUUAUUGGGCCUUUUCUACUCGUAUGUGUAGUGAUUGUUUCGCCAUAAGCACUGUCACCAAUUACGACCUAAAUUACGAAAAAAGAUUGCUAAAGGCACCUAAUACCAAUUACGUUGCCGGUUUACCGUAUGUCGAAGCAUACUUGUACAGUAGUCCAUACAUGCACAGUAGAACACGUGAACCUCAUACCGAUCUCAAGUUUUAUUUGGCGACUAGUGUGGAGAAACAGAAGCGAAUAUAUCAUACUAUUCCUCCCAAUCGACGACAUAGAUGGACCGUUAAAAACAUGCGAAAAGGUGCGAAACUGAUGAAAGAGGUGAGAAAGCGUGAGAGGGUGUGUCGUCGAGAAGAGAUGAAGGCACAACUCGAGGCGAGAAUUGUUAACAUGGCGCAAACGAAAGACGAGACAGGUAAUCUAGUUUACGAUGCCAACAUUCUUCGUUUGUGUCCCGCUUAUAAAAAAGUAUAUGGCACACCACACUACAUGUGUGAUCAAGCUUGGAUCUGGACGGAAAGAAAAUUGGUCAGAGAAUAUCCACGAAUCUUUAAGAAACAACAACAACUGGCUGAAUCUUCAAGUAUCCAUCUAUCAUGA